AACAUCAGCAUGUAGAGGGGAUUAGUAGACACUUGUAGAGCUUCACCACUUACAUGGACAGCUACCGAAAUACACAUCCCCUCUGCAUUUACCGACAGCAUCAUUGGCUGAGUAGUGGAUGACGGAAGCUCGAGUGCUGCUUCUGUGAGCAAAGCAGAGCAACCUGGAAAGCAACGCAGCGCCAUCGGACUCCAGCGGACCCCACCAUCGACUAGGCUAAAAUCUACUGAUGCUCUCAACACAAUAUUCUCCCGCGGAAAACAUCGCAGUGCCAGACCACAACAACAACAACAUUAACAAAACCUCCUCCUCCUCCCUGUCCAGUCUGACUCGGAGAAGACUCGACAGUAUAUCACAACACAUACAUCCAGAUCAUACUCGCAAGAUGUCUGGGAAGGAGCCAGUAGGAGACUUCGGUCUCAUCGGCCUCGCGGUCAUGGGCCAGAACCUGAUCCUCAACGCCGCCGACCAUGGCUUCACCGUCGUCGCCUUCAACCGCACCGUCGCCAAGGUCGACCGCUUCCUCAACGACGAGGCCAAGGGCAAGAGCAUCGUCGGCGCACACAGCAUCGAGGAGUUUGUGCAGAUGCUCAAGAAGCCCCGACGGAUGAUGAUGCUCGUCAUGGCCGGCAAGCCCGUCGACGACUUCAUCGAGACCCUGCUCGGUGCUGGGAUCGAGGAGGGCGACAUCAUCAUCGACGGUGGUAACUCGCAUUUCCCGGACACCAACCGCCGCACGCACUACCUCAAGCAGAAGGGUAUCCGUUUCGUCGGUACCGGUGUGUCCGGUGGUGAGGAGGGCGCCCGUUACGGCCCGUCCAUCAUGCCGGGUGGUAACGAGGAGGCGUGGCCGUACGUCAAGGAUGUGCUGCAGAGCAUCUCCGCCAAGUCUGACGGCGAGGCCUGCUGUCAGUGGGUUGGUGACGACGGUGCGGGCCACUACGUCAAGAUGGUGCACAACGGCAUCGAGUACGGUGACAUGCAGCUGAUCUCCGAGGCAUACGACAUGAUGAAGCGCGGGCUAAAGAUGAGCGACAAAGAAAUGGGCGACGUCUUCUCGCAAUGGAACAAGGGCGUGCUCGACUCCUUCCUCAUCGAAAUCACCCGCGACAUCCUCUACUUCAACGACGACGACGGCACGCCCGUCGUGGAGAAGAUCCUCGACUCCGCGGGCCAAAAGGGCACGGGCAAGUGGACGGCCAUCAACGCCCUCGACAUGGGCCAGCCCGUGACCCUGAUCGGCGAGGCGGUGUUCGCGCGCUGCCUCUCCUCGCUCAAGGGCGAGCGCACGCGCGCCAGCCAGAAGCUGCACGGGCCCGAGCCGCACUUCACCGGCGACAAGGCCGAGUUCAUCAAGAACCUCGAGCAGGCGCUGUACGCAUCGAAGAUUAUCUCGUACGCGCAGGGUUUCAUGCUUAUGCAGAAUGCCGCCAAGGAGUACGGCUGGAAACUGCAAAAGCCCGAGAUCGCCCUGAUGUGGCGCGGCGGCUGCAUCAUCCGCUCCGUCUUCCUCAAGGACAUCACCAAGGCGUACCGCGAAAACCCCGACCUGGAAAACCUGCUCUUCAACGACUUCUUCAACAAGGCCAUCCACGACGCCCAGGCGGGCUGGCGCGACAUCGUCGCCAAGGGCGCCCAAUGGGGCAUCCCCACCCCGGCCUUCAGCACCGCGCUGUCCUUCUUCGACGGCCUGCGCACGAAGGAUUUGCCCGCCAACAUGCUGCAGGCGCAGCGUGACUACUUUGGUGCGCAUACCUUCCGCAUCAAGCCCGAGUACGCGAGUGAGAAGUAUCCCGAGGGCAAGGAUAUUCAUGUUAACUGGACCGGCCGGGGUGGCAAUGUGUCGGCUUCGACGUAUACUGCUUAAGCUGUCUCAUCAUGUAAAAGGGGGAAAGUGAGUAGGAGUGAGAUGUGUACGGAAGCGGUAGCUUGCUGGAGUCUGCAGCAUUGCGUGUGGCCGCGGCGAUACUACUGCUAGGUGGCUGGCAAGGUGAUGUUACACGCUUGCGGAUACGAGAUAGAUGUGGAUGAUGGUUGUAUCUAGCUGGAAAAUGAAAACGAAACUGCGCCAGAUACAGCAUCAGCGUGCCGUUCAUCGCGACGGGGUGUCUUGCUUGGUCUUCCAAGGCUCAACGUGAAGCCUUUGCGGCUGUGUUGCAUACAGGAAGACUGAAGGCGGGCUGUCACCAUUGCCUAGUGAGGUCGUCUUUUUGAAUCUAGCUGCCAACAACAUUGCAGGUCGGACUGGAU